AUGGCCUCACAGCCCCUUGGGCUGGCAGAAGAGUCCAGCCAAAGCCCUGGGGAGUCCGAACUGGCUGUGAACCCCUUUGAUGGGCUCCCCUUCUCUUCCGGCUACUACAAGCUGCUUGAGCAGCGCCGAGCCUUGCCCAUCUGGGCUGCUCGCUUCACCUUCUUGGAGCAGUUGGAGAGCAGCCCCUGCGGAGUGGUGCUGGUGUCUGGGGAGCCUGGCUCUGGCAAGAGCACCCAGAUCCCUCAAUGGUGUGCAGAGUUUGCGCUGGCCAGGGGCUUCCAGCAGGGCCAGGUAGCUGUCACUCAGCCCUACCCUCUGGCUGCACUGAGCCUGGCUCAGCGAGUUGCCGAUGAGAUGGAUCUGACCCUGGGUCAGGAGAUUGGCUACAGCACCCCCCAGGAGGACUGCACUGGGCCCGACACCCUGCUCAGGUUCUGCUGGGACAGGUUGCUCCUGCAAGAGAUGGCCUCAGCCCGGGGCACUGGAACUUGGGGUGUGCUGGUGUUGGAUGAGGCCCAGGAGCGUUCAGUGGCCUCAGAUGCACUCCAGGGGCUGCUUCGAGAUGCCAAGCUGGGGAACCUCCCAGGGGACCCCAGAGUCGUUGUCAUUACUGACCCCGCCCUUGAACCCAAGCUCCGAGCCUUCUGGGGAAAUCCCCCUAUUGUGCGUGUCCCCAGAGAGGCUUGUGGGAGUCCCACCGUCAUCUACAGGGACACUGUCCCUGCUGACCGGGUGGAAGCCACCUGCCAGGCUGUGCUUGAGCUAUGCCAAGAAGAGGCUCCAGGUGACGUGCUAGUGUACCUGCCCAGUGAGGAGGAAAUCUCCCUGUGCUGUGAAUCCUUGUCCAGGGGAGUGAGGUCCUUGGACCUCCCCGGGGCUCCCCUGCGGUUGCUGCCCCUUCAUCCCGGCUGCGGUCAGGCCACUCAGGCUGUGUACGAGGAUGCAGACCUGAGUGUCCGAAAGGUCGUGGUCACUCACUGGCUAGCUGACUUCUCCUUCUCCCUGCCUUCCAUCCGACACGUCAUUGACUCGGGAUGGGAGCUCCGAAGUGUUUACAAACCUCAGAUCCGAGCAGAGUCCCAAGUGUUGAGACCCAUCAGCAAGUGUCAGGCAGACGCCAGACGGCUUCGGGCAAGAGGGUCCCCACCAGGUAAGCUCCCGUACCCUGAGAGCCAGCCUGAGAAGAGUCACCAACACGCAAACCCUGGGGUGUCUACAGCAGUCUUUCCCCAGGACUUUGUCCCCCCAGGAUCCUGCAUCCGCCUGUAUCCAAAGUCCUUCCUAGAGCAAGAGGAGGUGCCCCCACUGCCCCAGCCUAGGGUGUGGGAGGAGAAGCUGAGCCCCCUGCUAUUACUACUGAAAAGGCGACAGAUUGCAGAGCCAGGAGAGUGUCACUUCCUGGACCGGCCAGCUCCCGAAGCGCUGAUGCAGGCGCUGGAAGACUUAGACUAUCUGGCUGCCCUGGACGAUGACGGGGACUUGUCAGACCUGGGAGUCAUCCUGUCUGAGUUCCCCCUGCCCCCAGAGCUGGCCAAAGCCCUCCUGGCCUCCUGCGAGUUUGACUGUGUGGAUGAGAUGCUCACCCUUGCAGCCAUGCUCACUGCUGCCCCUGGGUUUACCCAUCCUCCGCUCUGUGCAGAAGAAGCGGCCCUACGUCGGGCCCUGGAGCACACAGAUGGUGACCACAGCUCUCUGAUCCAGGUGUAUGAAGCCUUCACGCUGAAUGGGGAAGACGAGGCCUGGUGCCAGGCUCGGGGUCUAAGCUGGGCAGCGCUGUGCCAAGCCCGAAAACUUCGGGCAGAGCUCCGAGAACUCAUGCACCACAUCGAACUUCCCUUGUCCCAGCCGGCCUUUGGCUCCGAGCAGAACCGGAGAGACCUUCAGAAAGCCCUGGUGUCGGGAUACUUCCUCCAGGUGGCUCGAGACACAGACGGAACUGGAAACUACCUGCUCCUGACCCACAAGCACGUAGCGCAGCUCUCCCCACACUGCUGCUACAGAGGCCGCAGGCCCCCAGCCAGACCCCCACUGUGGGUGCUUUACCACAGUUUCUCCAUUUCCAAAGACAACUGCCUUUCCAUCGUUUCUGAGAUUCACCCACAGCUGCUGGUGGAGUUGGCACCCCCAUAUUUCCUAAGGAACCUACCCCCUAGUGAAAGCAGAGACCUCCUGUAUCAACUGAGGGAAGAAAUGGCCGGUUCUUCAGCAGGGAGUGAGUCCUCCUCCACGCAGGAACUCGGAGACCCCUGUGUCCUGCAGUGACCUGCCUAGGGACUGACACACUGAUCUCGUCUCCCAAGAUCCUCCCUUGGGCUAGCACCGAUGCAGUCAGAUUGACAAGUCCCAACUUUAGGGGCAAGUGUACAUCCUGGAGCCCAAAUCCAAGAAAGAGUGGGCUGGAAGUGGAAGGAAUGGGAUAAGGUACCUUUCCUUAGCUAUUUCCUCCCCCGGCCUAAGCCAAACUCACCCUGUGCUCCGUGCUGCUGUAUAAAAGACAUUUCUACAGCACCAAA